UCCCUCGCGCUCUCCUCUCGGCUCUCGGCUCUCCUCUGCUCUGUUUGCGAUCUCGUCGUUCUGUCCGGGUCGGAGCUUCUCGCUGGCGAACGGGCACAGUUGGGAGCGAGCACCCUCCUCUUCGAUCUGGGGGGGAAGAAUUUAGAUUCUUAUUGCGGUGAUCUCAUUCCGUCUCCUUUUCUGAAGGUUCCGUUUCGCUUGGGUCUUGAACUGUCUAAGUUUCGAUUCGGGUUCAAGAUUUUGUUGGAUUUUGAUUUUUCUUCGUUGUGAUCGAUCGUAAUUGACGUUUCCAGGGACUUGAUUGUUUUUUUUUUGUUGUUCUUGGGGUUCUUGAUCAAUUCUUGGUUAUCGAUCAUCUAGGUUUUCGAGUUUCUCUCGAGAAAAUCAAUCUUUCUUGUUUUCUUGAUCGUUUCUGGUUUCUUGUUUUCUUGAUCGUUUCUGGCCACGUGGCCGAUUCUCGUUCUGUUUUCCAUUGGCAAAAAUGGCUUCUUCUCGUUCUAGGCGUGUGGAGUACGACCGCUUCAUCCCGUUCCGGUCGGCGAUGGACAUGGACUACGCACGCUUUGCCCUAACCAUGCCUUCGCGACCGCAGCGUGAUGGUUCGAGAGAAUCCCCAUCGAGCGUGGCGUACCAAAAGCUUCUUGAUGAGUGCAUUUUGAAGAACAGGUCUCGUAUCUUCGCUUUCAAGAGUGCACCCGAAGCGCCGGCCAGCAUGCUGCCCCAAUUUGACGAGCCCAUUCGGCCGCCGAAGAAGCAGCAGAGGCGAAUCCCUAGAGAACCAGAGAGGGUUUUAGAUGCCCACGGCAUGUUGGAUGAAGAUGGUUUGAAUCUCCUCGACUGGGGAAGCAAUAAUAUGUUGGCGAUUGGCCUCGACGACACAGUGUGCCUUUGGGAUGAUGCAAACAAGUCGACUAAGGUGCUUCUACAAGCCGUAGAAGACAGCGGACCUAUCACUAGCAUCAGCUGGUCGCCGGAUAGCACAGUUCUUGCUGUCGCAUUAGGCAAUUCAGUUUUAGCCUUGGUUGAUCCGGCAACAGGACAAGAUGUGAAUGUGAUGGAAGAAGAUGAGAACCAGACCCCUGUGUUGUCACUUGCCUGGAGAAGUAAUUCAAUCUUGACGGUUGGAAGAUCUGAUGGCACUAUUGUUGAUUAUGACUUUAGAAAGGAUGACACGUCCGUCUGUUUCUAUAAUGGGCAUCGGCGUGGAGUUUGCAGUCUUAAAUGGUCUGUGUUGUCGGGACGAUAUUUGGCGAGUGGAGGGCAUGACAAACUAGUGCACAUAUGGGAUGCCUGCAUGCCGGUCUCAAAACAUCCACGCCGACAUAAGUGGCUUCACCGCAUCAGCAACCACACUUCCAUUGUGAAGGCCCUUGACUGGUGCCCAACUCGGAGCAACCUGCUGGCUUCUGGUGGAGGUCGCAAUGAUCAUUGCAUUAAGUUUUGGAACACUGUUAACGGUGCUUGCUUGAACUCGAUCGAUGCAGGCUCUGAAGUUUGUGCAUUGCUGUGGGACAAGAACAAAUCUGAAUUACUAACCUCCCAUGGUUCUCCGAAGAAUCAACUCACCCUGUGGAAUUACCCAUCCAUGACGAGAGCGGCUGAGCUUUUCGGUCAUUCAUCCCGGGUUCAUUUCUUGGCUGGGAGCCCAUUGGGAGGUGUAGUAGCUUCUGCAGCAGCAGAUGAAACACUCAGGUUUUGGAAUAUCUUUGAGACUCCCAAAACAACAAAACCUGAAUUGCCCUUUGCCCAAUUUAGUGUCAUAAGAUGAAAAGGCUGAUGGGUGGAAAAUAUUAUGAGAGCAAUAUGAAAGACUUCUCUGGUGCUUGACUUGAAAAUCCAUUGUUGGCAGAGUUGCAUAGAGAAGUUUGGUGGAAUUAAAUUGACAACACAUUUUCAUAGUAAGUAUGAGUGCAAGCGCCUAUGAGUUGCACAGAGAAGUUUGGUGGAAUUAAAGUGGCAACACAUUUUCAUAGGAGUAUGACUGCAAGUGCCUAAGAGUUGCACAGAGAAGUUUGGUGGAAUUAAAGUGGCACCACAUUUUCAUAGAAGUAUGAGUGCAAGCGCCAAAGGGACAAAGAAACUCAGAGCAUUAAUGCUUCACUUACUGGACUUGGGAAUCAUGUUCAAGUAUCCUUUGGUUGUUGAAGCUUUUGUAUUAUUCCUUUACUAAGUAUCUUUGGUGGUUUAUCAAAUUUUAUUAUUAAAAAAUUAUAGUGCUUUAAUUGAUUCUCUUUCUUGUCUAGCUACUGGCUUGCCCCUUGACAUUUUGUAGUCUUUCUUGCAAAUUAGUUAUAAUUACUAUAAAGGAAUUCCGACUUCUGUUAGUUUUUCUGUUAUGUAGGAAAGAAGAAUGUGACAUUAUCUAAUUCUUGAAUUACAUUAUAGAUAUUGCUUUUUUAUUACAAGUCAUUCAUCAAUAAUAUUUUUUGAGAUAUUUUGAUUCCUUUAGCCUUCUUUCUCUUUUAUUUGUGUCUUUCGCUUUGCACUUUCCUAGCAAAAUAUGCUACAAAAUGAUAUUUAGCUCCAUCUUUUGUCAUUUUAAAACUAACAAAUUAUCUUAUUAAGAAUGAAGUUUUUUCAAUAAAGCAUACAUUAUUGGGGUUGAAUGUAAAGGUACUGAAGAUAAUACCUUCACUAUUGAUGAAUCACUUGAAGAUUGCACAAUUAGCUGAUACUGGACUUUCUAUUGGUGGCUCUGCUUAUCUAAAGUAUGUUUCUUUUAUCCCCAUUGAACAUGAUGCAGUGAUUAGUUCUAUGGUUACUCUAAAUGUGCAUUUAUAUAGGUACAAAAUCUAGGAGUAUAUUAUUACAUUAGCUAUGUCAUUGAAUGAUGAAAUUCACAAAAUAUAUCUUUCUAAUUUUUUUUUAUUUUGUUGACAUGAAGUCCAUUCUCUAAUCUUACAUCGGAAAUAUUUUAUUGAUGUCACUCGCUUACUGUUAUAUGACAUGUCAUAUUUAGUUAUCUGUCUCUUUGUAUUGAUCUCCCUUAAGAUUCAGAAAGUUUAUUGUA